UCACAGGAAGAUCACACCAUCCCUCACCGUCAUCAGGGGAAAGAUUUGAAAGCUGAGGCUAAAGCCGAUGAAUCCAGUAAAAGGAACCCACCAGAGAGAGGUUCCCAUCCUCUGUAUUCCCGGGAUUCCACACAGGAAGAUCACACCCUCCCUCAUCACCAUCAGAGGGAAGAUAAGAAAAUUGAGGUUAAAGCAAAUGUAUCCAGUAAAAGGAACCCACCAGAGAGAUGUCCUCCUCCUCUGUAUUCCGAUGAUUCCACACAGGAGGAUCUCACAAUCCCUUAUGAUCAGGAUGAAGAACUGCUUAAUCUUAAAAUCAAGGUUGAAGCGGACGAAGAAGAGACUUACGAGAGGGAUGACCUGCAGUCAUCUGAAGAUCCUGACAUUUUGGUUACAAUUAUAAAGGAGGAACCUUCUCUAGAUAAUGAAACAGAUGAAAUAGAUGUCCAGAAUACCUUAGAGGGACCUCUAAUUUUACCUUCGGGUUGCUAUGCAGAAGAUAAUACCAUCAUUCCCAAUAGUCUCAUGGGAGGUUUCUCAGAUGUGGUAACACUUGGAGACACUAGGCUUUUUCCAUGUCCUGAAUGUGAUGAAUAUUUUAAAACAAAAUCAUCACUGGCCAUCCAUGAGAAAACCCAUGUAGGGGAGCGCCUGUUUCCGUGCACGGAGUGUGGGAAAUGUUUCACGACAAGAUCAAAUCUGCUAAAGCACCAAAAACAUCACGUUGGACUGCUGGCCUUUCCGUGUCCGGAUUGUGGGAAAUCCUUUGAAUUCAAGUCGGGGCUGGUCCAUCACUUGAGACAUCACACAGACGAGAGGCCUUAUUCAUGCACUGAAUGUGGGCAGAGCUUUAAAGAGAAGUAUCAUCUAACAACGCAUCAGAGGAUCCACACGGGUGAGACGCCGUUCUCGUGUCCGGAGUGCGGGAAGUGUUUCACCCGAAAGCACACACUCAUCAUACACCAGCAGAACCACCUGGAGAAACGGCGGGACAAGCUCCUCAAAAAGAAAGAGCAGCUGCAGAAACUGAGUAUAAAAGAGGGAUCGCUGAUCUGCUUGGAGUGCGGGAAAUCUUUCAAAAAGAAAUGCGACCUUUACGUACAUCAAAGAACUCAUACGGGCAAGGAGAUCUUUUCAUGCCCAGACUGCGACAAGCUGUUUGUAAAAAAAUAUCAGCUUCAGGUCCACCAGAGGGUUCACACUGGCGAGAAGCCGUAUUCAUGUACGGAGUGCGAUAAGUCCUUCAAAACAAAAUCGGAACUCAACACGCACCAAAGAGUCCACACUAGUGAAAAGCCCUUCUCGUGUUCCGAGUGCGAGAAGUCCUUCAAGAAAAAGUCCCACCUUAUUCUCCACCAGAGGGACCACACCGGGGAAAAGCCCUUCCCGUGUACGGAUUGUGGGAAGUCGUUUAAGUCGGGGACUCUUCUCACGCUGCACCGGAGGGUCCACACCGGUGAGAAGCCCUUUUCCUGUCCGGAGUGCGGCCGAUGCUUCUCGCAAAAGGCGCACCUCAGUAAGCAUAUGAGACUCCAUUCCGGCAAGAAGCCGUUUUCCUGUUCCGAGUGCCGCAAAAGUUUUACGGACGAAGAGCAACUCGUUUCACAUCAAAAAUCCCACAGCCAAUGAUGAUCAUGCAGGAUUGGUCAUCGUCAAGUAUAAGCCUGGUGGGUUUUGCCACCUGUUGGCUUUCUAUAUCUCUUUGGGACUCUAUUGGUUAGCUGGCCUUCCAUAAUUCCUUUCCACUAUAAACAUGUGAUAUGUUCAUCUGGUGAUGUCACCAUAACUGUUGAAUUCUUUACGAUAUAGAACCAAUAAUAAAUUCAGUAUGGUUUCAGUUU